AUGAAAAGUUUUGCACAUUACAAUUUUGAAGAUUCUGGGACUUUUAAGACGAUAGCUCAAUUUGACUGUCGUGGCGUCGAGCCCAUCAUUUUCUCUCCAAGAAUCGGAUGGAGAGCAAGGGGCGUGAAGUCCGGAAAUUUAUUUUAUGAUAUCAAUCUUAAUGAUAAUCCCACUCGUAGCACGCCUUGCAUUGAUAUCGACGUGACCUUUACAUAUGAAUUGUAG